AUGAUGUCCACCGAUUUUCAAACUAACUGUGUGUUCCUACCAAUUUCGAUUCUGCAGUAUGUUGGGGUUGGAUCUGGUACCCCUCGGAUCGAUCCUGAACUUAUUAUAAAGAAAGCCACUACUUCUGAAAUCCGAGAAAUCCUUGUUUCGUUCUAUCCUCAUUUUGAUUUUGAUGAAACUGCAAAAGACGAACGCGCACUCCUCAUAAGUAUAUUUAAAAAGAUGGUUGCAAAACGUCUAUCUUACGUGGUCAUCCCCAGUUACAACUCUCCUCCAAGUCACUUUAAAGCUCCUUUAGAGCUUCCGCCACGGGCCGCUCGAGCAUUCCUCAUCUCUUCGGAAUCUGAUAUCUACUCUGAUCGCAAAGACAUGUUCAGCCUGCACGGUCUCUUGAACCUUGAAAAUGGGAACUAUCGUCUAGUGGCGGAGAGCCUCAUGGUGUUCAUCCGAAGCUACAAACACCUCAAUGAACAGGAAAUCGAUCACAUCAAGUCAUUUCGCGAAACUGCUCGAGACGCCCUCCAUGAUAGCACCUCUUACCUUCAAGAGACUCAUGAGUCCAUCGAGGGGAUCCAGCUUCUGUUACGUGAGGUCAAUCUAUCGUCAAAACAACACGACCGAUUGGAACACGAGCUCAGAGGUGCCAUGAUAAAAUUAAAGUCACGUCAGAUAAUGUUUGAUAGAAAUGUUGAACAAGCCGGUUUGGUUUCUGCUUUGGUGGAGCAUCACGAGAACUUGUAUGUCAAAUAUCGAUGGGACUUUCCCGCAGAUACACUUAGUCCUUCAUUGAAACACGUUGAUCAAGGUGGAGUCGAUCACGAACCUCACGACUCCAAAAUCCAUGCGGCUGAUGGAGAAUCUCGAGUGGCUGUGGACAACAAUGUAUCUGAUAUUGCCAAUGCUUAUGAAGAUUCUCUAGUGGCACUUCAUAAGAUUGUAUCAUUGCUCGAAGAUGCUCACAAGGCAGUCGAAGUAACCUAUCUCCUUUUGAAUCAGGCUGAACUCUUCCCAAUACAACAUGAAGAACUCGCAAAUUCCCUUGAAAUAAAACUCGCAACCUUGAAUUCACUACCACAGGUGAUGAAGAAGGAGACAAAACACUUCUGGAAGCUUGUUGAAUUGACAAGACGUCAUCUCAAUCUAUCUCAGAACAGUCGAGUUCCAACCCAUCCUGAUACAGGUUUAACAUGUGAUAUUCAUUCAUGUUGGUCGUAG